AGUGGGUGUUCAAAACAGAAUUUAUAUGAUUGGCUCAUUUAGUUCUCUAGGGACCAUAAUAGGUGCAAAUAUUAGAAGUGUUCCCUGUUAUGCAGAAGAGGAAAUCAAGGCUCAGAGAGGUAAAGUUUUUGCCCAGGGCUACACAGCAAAUAAGAGCAGAGCUGGAAUUCUAACCUGGCCUCCAAUGCAGGGCCAGGGAAUUACUGAAGGGCACACAGGAGCAGGAGCCUCUCUCCGGUGAGUGAAGAGGAAUGAAUGCAUUUCACAGGCUCUACGUUUAUUAAAACAGCAACAACAAAAUGGUGAGCAUUUAUUGAGCACUUACUGUGUGCCAGGCACUGACAGUGUCUUGUCUCAUCAAACCCUCUGAACAGCUCUGUAAGCUGAUGACAGCAAUUAUAAUAAGAGGCUCCUGGGACUAUGGGCCUUGGGCCUUGAGGACCUGGUGCUCCCUGUGGCCAUGACGACGGGUGAUUGUUGCCACCUCCCUGGAUCCCUGUGUGACUGCUCCAGCAGCCCUGCCUUCUCCAAGGUCGUGGAAGCCACAGGCCUAGGACCACCCCAGUAUGUGGCACAGGUGACUUCAAGGGACGGCCGCCUGCUCUCAACUGUCAUUCGGGCCUUGGACACACCGAGCGAUGGCCCCUUCUGCCGGAUCUGCCAUGAGGGAGCGAAUGGGGAGAGCUUGCUGUCUCCGUGUGGCUGCACCGGCACGCUGGGCGCUGUGCACAAGAGCUGUCUGGAGAGGUGGCUUUCCUCAUCCAACACCAGCUACUGUGAGCUGUGCCACACAGAGUUUGCAGUGGAGAAGCGACCCCGGCCCCUCACAGAGUGGCUGAAGGACCCCGGGCCUCGGACAGAGAAGCGGACGCUGUGCUGUGACAUGGUGUGUUUCCUGUUCAUCACACCGCUGGCUGCCAUCUCGGGCUGGCUCUGCCUGCGUGGGGCCCAGGACCACCUCCGGCUCCACAGCCGGCUCGAGGCUGUGGGGCUCAUUGCCCUCACCAUCGCCCUCUUCACCAUCUAUGUCCUCUGGACGCUGGUCUCCUUCCGCUAUCAUUGCCAGCUGUACACUGAAUGGAGAAGAACCAACCAGAAAGUACACCUAAAGAUCCGGGACACAGAUGGCUCAGAGGCUACCCGGCACUCCCUGCUGGCAGCAGGACUCCUGAAGAAGGUGGCAGAGGAGACACCUGUGUGAAGGCUGGGCUGACAGGGCCAGAGGCAGCUGAUGAUGCCCUGACUUUUGGAAGAAUGGAAACUGCCUGACCCUUCCUGCACGGCCAGAAUGCUUCUUAGGCCAAGAGAUGCCAAGUGGAGCUGAUUCUGUGAUCCCGUGUGAAGAUAUUUUCAGAUUGUUUUGCACACUGUUGUAUAUGAGGAGGACAGAUGGAAGUGGUCUUAAGCUUCACACGGAGCAGGCACCCUGAUCUCAUUCUGAGGUCCACUCGGCCCCUUGUGGGCCAACAGCUGUGGCUAUAGGCUAGUUGAGGCUGCCCAUGGGGCUGGACAUUCCACAAGCUUUUUUUGCUUCUCUGCACCUGGCAGGCUCACUUUCCUGGCACCCUUGACUUUAUAAAGUUGCAAUGAGUUUCAAAAACCCACCCUGAAUGAAUAAAAGGAGCCCUUGCUGGAUAAAAUGGACUUGUCAAUUAUAUUUCAGAACUGAGGCCUCAAAGUGAGGGACAUGGGACCAAGGGGAGUCAGAGAUCACACAGAGGCUAAAAAAAAUGCACUGGGAUGGUUUGAGGGAUCCGUUGUGAAACAGCAGAAGAAGCCAUGUCUGAGUUUUCAAGUGAAGAGCAGGUAGCAUGGUUAAAUAAUAAAUGAUUUAAAAUAAA